UCCUUUAGAAACGCUGAGGUAUUUCUAGAUUUCUACUGUUCCGUGACAGCGUCAGCGCUUUCUUAUUGUGAGGCUGUUUUUUUUUAUUGCAGAAAAUUUCCGGCUGACAUAACAGAUGAUAUAAAUCAAAAGCACGAAUAAUUUAAUGCAAAUAGAUAUUUGUAACAUAACCUCAAAAUAGAGCGCUCACACGGAACAAUAGAAAACUAUGAAAAUAACAAUGGGUGGUAUGAAUAAAAAUGAAGUACCUUCUAAUACUACAAGUAUAAGCAUUUUCUACAAAGUAUGUACUUCAAAUCUGGGAAGAAGCUACAUUUUCAAGUAGAUACUUUUUGUUUUACCGGAACUUACUAUAUCAAGUAGUAUUUACUGAAAGUACCUACUUCUUGUAGUAGAUGCUACUAAUUUGAAGAGGAAUUUAGUAUAUGCUUGACUUUUGCGAAGUUGGUAUAAGUGCAACUUCAGAGAGAAUACUACGGUUAGUUUUGUUUAGUUUUCUUUGAAAAUGGAAGGAAUACGCAGCAGAAAAAUAUAUAAUGCAAGACGCCGCUAUCAUAAUGAUAUUUUAUAUCAUAAAAUAUUUCGGUUUAGUAGAGAAAACGUAUCUUACCUAGCGAAUAUAUUUCUCCCAGAAGUAAAUGAAACUCGAGGCGGUGCUCUUACACACAUCCAACAAAUGGAAGUAUUUUUAAGAAGCUUAGGAGACCCUGGAUUUCAGCUAGGCGUUGGACUUGAUGUUGGGAUUCAUCAAACAACCGUUUCAAAAAUUAUUGAUAAGGUAUCACGUGAAAUCUGUAGCAAGAAAAAUCAGUGGGUUAAAUUCCCUGCUACGGGAGCUAUGUUCAACAGAGCUAAAGAUGAAUGGGCAGCACAUAAUACAAUACCUCAUGUCAUUGGCGCCAUUGACUGCACUCACGUGAAAAUUAUAAAACCAUAUGUACAUGGCGAUGAAUAUAUUAACAGAAAAGGAGUUUCUACAAUAAAUGUACAAGCAACAUGUAAUAGCAGAGAAAUGUUCACCAGUGUUGAUGCUUCCUGGCCUGGGUCUGUUCAUGAUUCUAGAAUAUGGUACAAUAGUCCUAUUUACCCUAUUAUGUAUAAUAAUCAAAAAGAGUUUGUCCAUUGUUUGUAACUCCUUGGAUGCUUACACCUUUCAAAGAUCCCAUAACAAACAUUCAAAAGUAUUUUAACAGAAUACAUGCAAGAGAACGUGUGAUUAUAGAAAGAUGCUUUGGCCAGUUAAAAACAAGAUUUCCUAUGUUGAAUUAUACAAUCCGACUUAAAACAGAUAGAACAUGUCGAUAUAUUAUGUGUGCAUUUAUUUUACAUAAUUGUGCAAAGUUUUUGAACGAUCCAGAUGAACAUUUUGAUGAAAUGAACAUAGAAGAAGAAGCAGUUAUGCCUGAAUUAUAUGUCGAACCAAACAACGGUGAAGUCCGACGCCGAGGUAUCCAGUUUAGAAAUGAAAUUGCAACACUAAUGUACAGACAGCGUUGAAAAAGUAAAUAAAUAUUUGGAUUGUUUGGAUUUUAUACAUAUUUAUUUUAUGAAGGUUCUGACAAAAUAAUUAAACCUAAUAAAC